GUCAUACACACACUGUAGGAGUCCGUGCUACAGCUGGCUACCAAUCUGUAGCCUGCUGCACUUCUCUCUGCUCGUUUAUCUUUUUAAAAUAUAUUUACAGCUAGCUUAUAGCCCGCUAUUAUAGCUAUCGUGCGGAUGCUAGCCAGGUGCCGCAGCACCUAGGUGCUAAAAGGACGUUCCGCCAUGAUGUUUAGAUUCCCUGUGACCAAUCGCGUAGGUAAGCAUGACCAAACUAGUUGGCCCUCCAACAAGCCAACAACUACUCCUGCGCACGUUUUUUUGUCUGAUGCUGCAGUUUUAUAGUACUAUGAAUACAGUCUGAUGAGUGAUGACAUUGACACCCACCUGCUGCAGUUUUAUAUUGAAUUCGGACAGCAGUCACCACUCCCUCAGUCCCUCGUCGCGUUUCGUCGGAGACAAUGGCGACGCCAGCACCUGAUGUCUCGGCCAUCGGCGCGGCCCUCCGAUCCCCGGCGGCGACGGUAAGCGAGGCCGACGUCGAGAAGCUCCGGCUCAUCGAAGAACUGACCUCCGACGUGGACGCCGUGCAGGAGCGCGUCCUCUCGGAGAUCCUCGGCCGCAACGCCGGCGCGGAGUACCUCACCAGGUGCGGCCACGACGCCGGCGACACCGGCCGCGCCACCUUCCGGGCCAAGGUGCCGGUGGUGUCGUACGACGACCUGAAGCCGUACAUCCAGCGCGUCGCCGACGGGGACUGCUCGCCCGUCCUAUCGACGCACCCCAUCACCGAGUUCCUCACCAGCUCCGGCACGUCGGCCGGCGAGUGCAAGCUGAUACUCGUCGCCAUGGACGACUCCGGCCGCCGCCAGGCACUGCACGGUCUCAUUGGACCUGUCUUGAAACUAUAUGUCCCUGGGCUUGAAAAGGGUAAGGGGCUCUACUUCAUGUUCGUCAAGUCAGAGACGAAGACACGAGGCGGCCUCACGGCGUGGUUUGCCCUGACGAGCGUCUACAAAAGCGAGCAAUUCAAGAGCAUGGCAAUUGCCUACACGAGCCCCACGGCGGCCAUCCUCUGCGAGGACGCGUUCCAGAGCAUGUACGCGCAGAUGGUGUGCGGCCUGUGCCAGCGCCACGACGUGGUGCGCUUCGGAGCUGUGUUCGCGGCCGCACUUGUUCGGGCGAUCCGCUUCCUCCAGCUCAACUGGGGCCAGCUCGCCGCGGACAUCGAGGCCGGCGAGCUCGGCCCACACGUUGCCGAUCCGUCGGUGCGCGAGGCCGUCUCCGGGAUCCUCCGGUCGGACGCCGAGCUCGCGGAGUUCGUCCGCAUCGAGUGCUCCAAGGGUGACUGGGCCGGCAUCAUCACGCGUAUUUGGCCGAACACCAAGUACGUGGAUGCCAUCGUCACCGGCGCCAUGGCACAAUACAUCCGGACCCUGCAGUACUACAGUGGCGGCCUGCCGAUCGUGAGCACCUCGUAUGCGUCCUCCGAGUGUUUCUUCGGCAUCAACCUCCGCCCCGUGUGCGACCCGUCCGAGGUGUCCUACACCAUCAUGCCCAACACGGCCUACUUCGAGUUCCUCCCGGUCGGCGAGGUCGUCGACGCGACCAACCUCGUCGACCUCGCCCGCGUGGAGGUCGGGCGGGAGUACGAGGUGGUGAUCACCACCUACGCCGGUCUGAGCCGGUACCGCGUCGGCGACGUCCUCCGCGUGACGGGGUUCCACAACGCGGCACCGCAGUUCCGGUUCGUGCGCCGCCAAAGCGUGCUGCUAUCCGUCGAGUUAGACAAGACCGACGAGGCCGAGCUGCACCGCGCGGUGGAGCGCGCCUCCUCGGCGCUCCUCCGCCCGCGCGGCGUGUCCGUCGCGGAGUACACCAGCCGCGCGUGCACCGAACGCAUCCCGGGACAUUAUGUGGUCUACUGGGAGCUACUGACCGAGUCACCCGUCGGCGCCGGCGACGGUGACACGGUGGACGGGGAGACGCUCGGCAGGUGCUGCCUCGAGAUGGAGGAGGCACUCAGCGCGGUGUACAGGCAGGGCAGGGUUGCGGACGGCUCGAUCGGGCCACUCGAGAUCCGGAUCGUCCGUCCCGGCACGUUCGAGGAGGUCAUGGACUUGGCCGUCUCCCGCGGCACGUCCAUUGGGCAGUACAAGGUGCCCCAGUGCGUGACUGUCCCAUCCGUGGUGGAGCUGCUGGACUCGCGCGUCGUGUCUAGCCAAUUCAGCCCUGCCCUGCCGCAUUGGAUCCCGACUCCACGAUCCGACUAGCAAUGCAUCCUGUUUGGCAUCUUUAUUUUAGGAAAGGAAAACGUACACCGAAGGUCCCUCAA